AAAAGGACUGGCACCCAGGCUAUAUGUUUCAUUAAAAGACUGGCACCCAGGCUACAUGUUUCAUUAAAAGGACUGGCACCCAGGCUAUAUGUUUCGUUAAAAGACUGGCAGAGCAUGGGACUGUGGCAGAGCAUGGGACUGUGGCAGAGCAUGGGCAGUGGCAGAGCAUGGGACUGUGGCAGAGCAUGGGCAGUGGCAGAGCAUGGGACUGUGGCAGAGCAUGGGGCUGUUGAGUACAUAGGUUUCUUUGCUUAAGGUCACAAUGGCGGUAGGUAGUAUUCCUGCAGAUUUCCCAACAGGCAGCUCGAGGCUACUGCCCCCCCCCAUUGAGUGAGGGCAAAUAUUUGUCUAUUUCCACACCGGGCCCAAACCCCUCACUCAAUGUUUAAAUGUACGAAAAGUAAUUGGUCAACUGCAGAUAAAGCUGUAUUUGCAUGUGCUCUGGGGAAGAGGGCAAAGUUGACUAGCUGAGUCCCAGUAGGGGCCUUGGACUACCUCUCCUCCUACCCCUCUCAGUCUGCGUAUAGUACGCCCCCCGGGACGCAGCCCAAGCUUCUUUAGCCUCGUUUCCUCAUUAGCAUUAGCGACCAGGCUAACACGGGGUGCUGUGUACAGUAAGGAUGUGAGUCUGUGUGUGGCUGGUGGCCCUGUGUGUGUGUGUGUGUGUUGGCAUGGGGGUAGCCCCUCCCCGGUGACCCCCGUGAUGGGGUGCCAGGGCCCAGAGGUCCAGAGGAAGGCCUGGACCAGAUCAAUUCUGACCUCACCGAAGGAUUCAUCCUCAGCCUCAACAGAGUCUAUGAUGUCAGCCAGUAGACAGGGGUGAGGCUAGUCAACUAGCUACUGUAUUGAACUGCACUACUGUUCCUGUCUAAAAAAAGGGUUUUUAUAGUUAAUGAAACAAUGCAAGAGGUUUUAUUUUCCUGUCUUUUGAGCACACAUUUUACAGAAAAGAUAAAAGAAGGAGCAGGCGUGCUGUUCAACCUGACCAUAGACGUGCUGGAGACAAAGUGUCAUGUGAUCAGCAAGAAGCCGUGGAAGAAAUGUGAAGUAAAGGAUGUAGCUAACGUACCAGUGUAUGGGCAUUGUGUGGCGUCUAUCUCUGUUGGGAAGAGUGUGGAACUGCGCAGCUAUAAAUGUGCCAUCCAACAAGUGCCUGCCACGGUCAUCGUCAACACGUGCCCAGACUGUCCAACAGUAGUGCAGCUGGAUGACCCCAUCCUAGCGGAGACGACCAAUCUGAUCCGCCAGAAAUACAAUAGAAUGAAUCGCCUGCCAAACUACUUCACCCUCCUCAACGUAACAGGAGCUAGAAUGCAGCUCAUGAAAUAUGGGACAAGUUCAAAGUAUACUGCUUCGUCUUCACAGUGGGUGGUGGGUACGGUCUAUUUUGUAGAGUUCACCAUCAGAGAGACGGUCUGUGCUAAGGACACUCCUGAUGUCGAUUUGACCCAGUGUAAAAUGAUGGACUGUGAAUUUGCACACAAGACCUUCUGCACAGGCUCUCACACCACUCUGGAUGAUGGCACGUUUCAGACCAAACUCCCCAUCGAGGUGAAGUGUGAAAUCUUUGAACCAGAGGCUGCCAAGGCAGAGGAGGAGGCCCAUGUCAGAGGAGACAGUGGGCAUCAGAGUGAAGAUGAGACCAUAAAACACGCACACACACACCUGCAUCCCUAUGAGCACCACCACACCCCCCCCAACUCCAAUCAGGCUUCCCCCAGACUGAAGGGCUCGUUGGGUAUAGUGGUGGUUCUACCUCACCCUCAUGUGCCACCGCCUCCAAGAGCCUCAGCAGCAGCAAGCAACUGUCCAGCCAAGAGGAUUGAUUUGAGCCAAGAGGAAAACUAACCUGGGACUGGAUAGGUUUCCAAUUUGAU